GGGUGCUUCUAAAGCUUGGUUCACAUGACUGGGUAUUCCUUCCUCGUAUUAAGGACAUGAAAGGGAGCGAUACUGUCCGACUUCUGCAACCUGCUCCGAAUACAGGACCACGAAUAUGAAACAUAUUAAAUAACCGCCAAAUAAAGGGGACAGAAUAACAGGAAAAGGAAGGUCGAUCUUUACUUUUCGGCUUGUUGUUGCAUUUCCUGGACAGCUGUUUGGACAAGGCGGAGCGGUGUGCCCGUUGUUUGUGCGCUAUCCAUUAAACUGCACUCUGAGAACUCUGGAUUUGAAACAUGACUCCAACACAUCCAUGCGUUGUCGGGAUCGCCUGCUUUGCGAUUCUAGGUAAGUGUUUAUUAUAGUUGUGGUCGAGCGAGGACUGUUACUGAGACGGAGGGGGAAAUAAAACGUCAUAAUCUCCGCUAGUGUUAUAUUAUUGUGUAGUAUGGUGACUUGUUAAUUAGUAAGUUAGAAAUAAAUAGAUAAUUCUAUAGGAGCCUAUGACAUAAAGCCUAUUAUUUUAUUAUGUAUUUGGAUAUACGUUUUAUUUAUGGUCCAUUUCAGGGUAACGUGUUUUAUUUUUCUCUCUGUCGUAUUUGUACACAUGUUGAUUUCUUCAUGAUGGCCAGGAUAUGUUUUGGGACAGACAGUAGAAGGUCAAGUGAAUCAAAUGGGAACAGACAAACAGGGAGUUCGUUUUCCUAAAAUCAAAAGCGCGUCUGUCUCUCUGUCAACCCAUUGUUCCGGGGACGCUUCACGUGACCGUAGAGGUGCUUUGUGUGUUGAAACACUGGACCCUCUAUGACUGACCAUUAGCUGGCCGGUGGCCGCUCAAACCGAGUGACACACACGACACGAACACAGAUGUGUUGUCUCAGCACUGUCAAGUUAACCAACUACAAGCUAUAGGCGUAAUAUAGUUGUGCCUUGGCAUUUUUCUACUGUUUUGUGGAAAGUGUGUGUGCUGUGAUGCUAUUCAUGGGCCAGGUCACAGGUUCAUUGACCUUUGAAACUGUGUCCCUUUAUUUUGUAUAUAAUAUUGAUAAGACCUAGGCCUACAUAAGAAAGGGAAUCAGGUGUGUGGUAGUCAAGCUGUGAUUAGUGUUGAGUCACACGUCUUCUCUCUACUUCUGUGGAAACAGUAUUAUAGAGCGGUUACUCUUUGUCUGUUUCAGAAGUGUCUGUGUUGCUGUGUGUGUGUGUGUGUGUGUGUGUGUGUUUAGGGGAGGAUGUGAGGCAGGCAGGGUCAUGCUCAACCACUGGAGUAAAACUCCCUGAGUCAUCAUCACACACGGGUGCAUGAUGGAAGCACAGCAGGGCCUGCUGCUCUCUGCUAUCCACCAGGCCAGAUAGUUAAUUAAGCAAUAAGGCCCGAGGUAUAUGGCCGAUAUACCAUGGCUAAGGGCUGUUCUUAGGCACUACCACGGCUGUCAGCCAAUCAGCAUUCAGGGCUCGAACUACCCAGUGUAUGAUGGACAUUAAUAACCCACAAAACACAGGACAGCAUCAGGGUUGGCACUAGUUACCACAGCCACAAAGUCAAAAUUGGCCAUGUUGUAAAAAUUCUUGAUUUUUCUUUUUAUAUAUUUGGUCUUAAUUCAAGGUUUAGGUUAGGCAUCAGAUUUUAAUAAGAUAAAUUGUAGAAAUCGGUGGGAUUUAGCCAUAAUUAUGACUUUGUGGCUGUGUUAACUACUGACGACCCAGCAUCAGGCCUCAUCAGGCUCCCUGCUCUGGAUGCUGAUGACCUCAAGUUGCACCCUAUUCCUAAUAUAGUGCACUACCUUUGACCAGGGCCUAUAGGGCUGCUCAAAAAUAGUCCUGGUCAAAAGUAGUGCACUAUAUAGGGAAUAGGGUGUCAUUGGGGAUGCACACUUAGUUUAUCUGACAUUGAUUCUGUCUGUACACAAGUGCUGAUUUGGAUUAAUUGAUCCUCUGAGGAGAGGAAGGAAGCCAGUCUAGACUAUUGAGGUACACCCUCUGGUCAGUCACUCCUUAGCAACACACUAAUAACCUAACCUUUAACCUGUAUGUUGGUAGACACAUAUUUAACCCCUCGACCUCUGUGUCUGUUGUGGUAGCCACCAGGUGUAAAUGAGUCUGCAUAGUGUACUAUAUAGGGUGUACCAUUUGGAACACAUAGCAGGUAUUAAUAGUCUGUAGCAGGCUAUGUGUGCCAGACUAGAGGGUUGUUAAUAAAGGGUUUGGUAAUGGUACAAGUGAAGGAGAGGGAGGGACCUGCCAGUUUUACAUCACUACUGGGGUUACAUCAUCACAGGCAAUGUUCUAGAACUCCUCUCAGGCUUGGAACUGAACUGCUGUGAAACUAGAACUUCUUCUGGUAGUACGGACAGGUAGUGAUGCUUCUCAGCUGUAGAUGUGAGGGUUCUGGAUUAUGUUGUAGACAUAUGUGUUCAGGCUGUGAAAUCGCUUGUCUAUCUAGAUUGAUAUGUGACCUGAGUCCCUGUGUCUCAGUCUCAACUCUAACCCUGUACUACCCUCUGCUGGUCAUUGUUGAGAACUGAUAUGUUUCCCUGUACUGGAUGGAGUUCUUGACGUUGUUGCUCAGGUUGUGCAGCAGCUGUGAGAUGAGACUAGCACCACAUCAUUUUUAAAACUAGAGGCGCAUCAUCCAGGAACGCUUGCGAAGCAGACCAGGCCGAGGUUUGGGGUUAGAGAAGUUAAUGAGGGAAGUGAACAAUUCUUCCUUAGUUGUUGAUUUGCUCGAAAUCUAGAGGCACAACCUAGAUUCGAGGCAACGUCUUAAGUAGUUGAACAUGUUAUUACUCCAUGUAAGAAAUGUUCUAGGACUGUAUGGCUGGUUUUAGUGAAAGGUGUUGGCCGCCCAAAGGCUCCUGUCAGAGCGACUGAUUCAGAACGUCUCUUUAACCACUUUGAUCCGUUUUUAUUUAGCCAGGUCAAUCAGAGGACAUUGAAGUUAUAUAAUGUAAUAUGCAUGUAUGGUUUUUGUAACAGAUGGAAACAAGUAUUAAGGUUUACAUAAUCAAUGGAACAUAAUUAGCAUUAUAAAAAAGUUAAAAGCUUAACAUACUGUGAACUGAUCAAAGUACACAAUCGUCCUAAGGUAAUACAGAAGUCAGUAGGCUACAGCUACCCCAAUAUAAUGGGCCCUAUGGCCUUAGAUAGGCUAUAAAACAUCAUCAUAUAUAUACUAAACAUAAAGGACCAUAAGUAGCAUAAUGGUAACCACAACAUGUGGUCCUUGGGUCAAUACAGACCUGAAUGGGCCCUAGCAAACCAUAUGCUAAAAGGCUACUAGUUAGCAUUAUCAUACGACAUGGGUUCUACAAUCGAUAAACAGUGUGACGUGAAUAUACCACAUGAAGGACACAUAACACUCACUUAGACAUACUGGAGAGUUGUCUGAUGGCUUCCAAACCAAAACAAUGUCUGCAUUCCAAACACUUAAGACACACCCUCUCCCCUCAGCCCUCAAAUUAAGUGGACACUUCUGAUGACUUAUUAUGACGUCUGACGAGUUGACACUUGCAGGACGAGAGAAGAAUGAAUUAAUUUUAAAUGGACCGCUCUUGCCCGAAAAUGUGUCACUCGUUCGUCCCACAGUUGUGUUUUCAGUCAUCAUGGAACCACCGGUAGCUGUUGUGUGUGCUUUAUAUGCGCCACAGUCAAUUAUGAUUGCAUUUCAUAUCUUGGCUAGAAGACAACGCGUCCGACUAUAUCAGGUAAAUCGAAAAUUACAACGUGUAAGUGUGACGUCAGGGAAAGUUGGAUGCACAAGCUAACGUUUCCAAAAGCUAACCAAAUAAAAACAUAAUUACUUUUAUGAUACAUGUUUGAGCCGUCAUGUGCAUUAGUAGCACAAUUUCUAACUUAUUUACAUUCGUUUUUACUUCCACUUGUAUGUUGACUUCUCCACAGUGGCGGUUCUAGACACAUUUUACUAGGGGGGCCAAGGAGGGGCCAGUGUUUAAUCAGGGGGGCACACAUAAAAAAACUGGCAACACAUGAUAUUCAAAGAUUAUAAACUUUAUUUUACUUUAAAAUCAUAUGACAUUUAUUAUAACACGUAUUUUGUACAAGAGUGCAGAUGCAAGAGAGAUAGUGCCAUAAAAAUGAAAAAAUAAAUAAAUAAAAAAAAAUUAAAAAGUACAGGGUACAAAUACAGGGUUCAUAUUCAAUGUGAACAAAACUCCAGGAUACAACAAAGGGUACAACAAUGUGCCAUUUCCUAUUUAUGGAAGCCCCACUACUGUGGACAGUUGAUUCCACAUUUUGUUUUAAGAAAGAAAACUUUCUGAGUGAUUUAUAAACAAAACACACUACCCUGUAUCCAUUUAGGUAAAAUAAACCAAAUCAGAAAAGAAAUUCAAUUCAAAGAGGCUUUACUAGCAUGACCAUAUUGACAUACAGUAUUGCUAAAGCACAUAAACAGGGAAACGUGUUACACAUUAACAUCCAGUAGUCCAAUAGGAUGCAGACAAUAAACAUUAAGUUAACAUUCGUUUAAAAGCAACAAUCAUGUCAACACAAUGUAGCAAUAUGAACAACACUGAUGGAUAUCAGCAACAACAUGAAAACAAGAAUAUUACAGGUGUCUGUGUGUGUGUGUGUGUCUGUAUCUUUGUGUACUUCACUGUCAGUUGAUGAGCAGGUGUACAAAAAAAGGCUUUACAACAUAUAUGGGCAAGUCCAUUUAGGACAGCACAUUUCCACCAUAGUUCACAUUAGGAAAAAAUGACAGCAUGAAUGCUCACUAAACAAACAUAUACUACAUAUACCUUUUUAUACACAUUUUUUUUCAGUAAUUUUUUAAGAGUGAAAGGGAAGUAAGCAAUCGCUCAUCAUAGGAUCAUACAUAUUUCAGUUACAAUAUUAGUUACAAUAUUAGUGUUAGUUAGAUCAUCAUGUCAAAGCUGGACCUGCAAAGUCUGAACGACACAAGUGUGCAAUGAUUGGAGUGAUUUUUUUUCUUUUUUUUCUUGCUUUGCUUGUUUUCAAAAGGAAAAAUCAUAGUUGGUAAAAAAUAAAAUAAACUUUCGUUGAAAGGUAUCACACUGUAUAAUUUACAAAUAUCUAAAGAGGUUUAGUGGAUGCCAUAAAACAUCUGUGGAGCUUGAAGAUUUGUAGUACAUAGAUGUUUGGCAGAGAUAAUUCAAAAGAAUAAAAUCAUAAACUCUAUCUAUCUAUCUAUCUAUCUAUCUAUCUAUCUAUCUAUCUAUCUAUCUAUCUAUCUAUCUAUCUAUCUAUCUAUCUAUCGAGAGAGAGGGAGAGAGAGACGGGAGAGGGAGAGAGAGAGAGAGAGAUGAGAGGGAGAGAGAGAGAGAGAGAGAGAGAGAGAGAGAGAGAAGUGUUUCCUUAGAGCAGUACAUGCAGCAAUCACUUAAUGGAGUGAUGUCAUAAUGGGCCACAAAACUUUGGGGAUGUGGAUGGAAAGUUACAGGCAGGAGAGGGGAACCAACAGAAGCAGGUCUUGAGACAUGAGUUUGCCCCUUUUUGAAAACCUCUUGACCAACAGUGCUUAGCGUGCAGUAGCCACUGAGUCUAAAGCUCAGCAUUUUCUGACGUUUCGCCACUGACCUUGUUGCAGAAUCACACUGCUCACAAAUAUUCAAUGCUUCAUCCCACAACUCAUCAAAGAAAGACUCCUGCCUGUGGUCUUUCAAUGUCAGGACUAAAGCAUUUACUAAGUCAACAGCACUUGAUAGAUCAACAGUUUGUGACUGUAACAUGUCAGACAAUAGCUUUGUCUCCCCAAACAACUUACGCAGAGUAACAAGAUGCACAACAAAUUCUAGGUCAAUUUGAGCAAGAAGACCUCGGGCCUCAACAGUUCUUUCACCAUGACGUUCUUGAGCAAUCUCUUGCAGUAGUCGUUUAAGGGCAGGUAGAGUGUCCAUGAUAUUACGUAGGGCUAGAAAUCGGCAUGACCAACGUGUGUCGCUUAAACGUUGCAGCUCUCUGGUUCUGCCAUACAUUUCUCUUUGGAGAGACAGCCAUUUUGGGUGCACAUAUGAGGAAGAAGUAAACAUAUAAAGACUCUGUAACAAAGAAAAAAACUCCUCCGUUUCUGGGACACUUUUGACUACAUCAACUAACACUAAAUUCAGACAAUGAGCACUACAAUGGACGUAGAAGGCAAAUUUAGCCUGUUCUUUGAUCCUUGCCUGAACCCCUGAAUGCUUACCGCUCAUAACGGCAGCGCCAUCGUACGCUUGGCCUACGAGGUUAUUUUUGUAGUCCAGGCCAUAACGUUCCAGUAAGUGUAUUAUUUUUCCAGUAAGCCCUGCUGCAUCUAACCUCUCUGCAGAUUCAAAAUGGAGAAAACUCUCCUUAAUGGCCCCAUUGUAAUAGUACCUGAGUGUGAAGGACAUCUGUUCUUUUUUUGAAAUAUCCUUUGUUUCAUCUGCCAUGACGCUAAAAACCUCACUUUUCUUCACUUCUUCUAUGAUUUCAGACCGAACCAUUUCUGCCAAACAACCCAAAACCUCAUUCUGGAUGAUCUUGCUUGUGUACUUUGCAUUGUGAAUGGAAGUUAAUCUUCUCUUAACAAGUUGGUCGUGGUUAGCAACUGUGUUAAGAAUUUCCCUAAAGUUUCCUUUGUUAGUGGACCCUUCAGAUUCAUCAUGUCCUCUUUGUGCUAUGUUUUGUGUAGCUGUAAGCAACAGCACUUCCCCAACUGUUUUAAUGUAUGCCUGAUUUUCUUGUACUUGUUUAGUGUGUUCUUUGUCAAGGAGAUCUGUUAGUGUUGCGUCAGUUCUAACAGCUCUUUGAUAAUCCCUCCAUGCGAUCAUUGCACACUUGUGUCGUUCAGACUUUGCAUGUAGUGAAAACCCUGCAUUUCUCAUAGUUGCCUUUUUCCAGUUUGUAAAACCAGGUGUUGAAACAAAAACGGUGUCUGGGGCAUUUGGUGUGCUAAAAUGUCUACAUGCAUAGCAACAUGUAGAGUCCGUCAUUACAGAAUACUCAAGCCAUGGAUGAGUAGUGUACCAGUUUGGUCUGAAGCUUCGUCUUCUGUCCCCCAUCAGUGUGGUUGGGAAUAUCUUCAAGUUCGGCUGUACUGGUACGUCAUACUUAGACUUGCUGAUAUCUGAAGAAGAUGGACAGUAAACAUAGGGCACAACUACAACAUUUAUUUACUGUAUAUCUGCAUGUAUUUCAAAAUGUAGGCAAAGUAUUUACUUAAAAAAAAAAACAGAGCCAUAUUGACACAAAAAAGAAUUAACAGCAGAAAGCAGCAUUUUAAGGACACCCAGCAGGCCUACCAUUACAUUGUAAUUGCAUUGCUUUGCAAAUAGUAAGAACCUUCCUCAUCACAAACCUGAUGGUGCAGUACUUGAUCCACAUGGAUCCACUUGCUGUCCCUCUGGCUGUUCAUCUCUCUGUCCCUGUAUGCUUUCUUCUUCAUGCUUCUCACCCUCUUCUUCAUUCUCCUCGCCCUCUUCUUCAUUCUCCUCACCCUCUUCUUCAUCCUCCUCACCCUCUUCUUCAUCCUCCUCACCCUCUGGAAUUUCCCUCUCUUUGUCAGACCCCUCACUUUCAUCACAUGCUGGCUCUCCCUCUUCCUCAACUUUCUCAAAACCUCGAUUUGUUUCUCUCACUUUUUUGUUUGCUGGGGCAAAAAAUGACUUUAUGUCCCUUCCUCGUUUCAUGAUAACUAUUAGAAGAAGAAAAAACGUAGGGGCAUGCAUUACAUUUUGUUACCUAACCAUCCCUCCCUACUUAACACAGGCAGAUAACCUGUUGAUUACUUUACUAAAAAUGUAUUUGUUAUCGCGAUGCAACAGCCAAGACGGAUGAAGUUACGUGGUUAACAUCACAACAUUGUGUAGACCUAGCAAGGAUAGCCUACUAACAUUUGGAUAUUUGCUUCUGCUUCGAUGAGUUUGCUUAGAUAUGAUUACAUUUCUAAACAAAUCGAGACCAGACAUUUAAAAACUUGAUUUGAUUUAUGUGUGAGGAACAAAAGGAACAUGUAGGCUAUGUGCAAGAACAACAAGUCACUUAUGAUAUUAAAUCGUUUUUCCUUACCUUCGACUCCUGCAAAUCGUAGCUCCUCUCGCAAAUAGUAGUUGCUGAGCUCUCAUUCACCGAAGCAGCACCACACGUGGCAGGCAGGCAGAUGGCAGGAUACAGUUUUUGGGUGCGCCACUCUAAUUUACCCGUGUAGAACGUUGCCGUGUAGAGCGUUGCAUUAGUUCCGCUUUUGGCGCUCGCGUGUAAAAUAGUUAUAAAUUCAUAAUUUUUUAUUUGGUCAGCACGGGGGGGCCACAGGGGUGUCCAGGGACAUUUCCAGGGAGGCACGGGCCUCCCCCGGCCUCCGUGUAAAACCGCCACUGCUUCUCCAUAUUAAUGUUGGUUUUAAGUUUUGGCUGACUUUUCUUAGCGGAUGUACAAUCAUCGCGAAUUGAAUUAUGGGGCAUUUCAGGCCCCGGAGUGAACGUAAUAAUACACUCGCAAACUCGAUCAAAAACUAGGGCUGAGGGGCUUACGUUGCCAACUUCCCUUGCUUGGACAAUCAUUUGGACUGACAACAAAUAUGGCCGCGAGGGUAAGUGGAGGAGGGUGUGUCUUUUAUGUGUUUGAAACGCAGCCAAUGUCUGGUGUGGUGUGUGUAUGGCGGCCAUCUUUAAUAUGGUCAGCUGGUGACCAUCUGACCUGUCAGGUGAGUGGUCAGGUGACUUGGUGGUCAUUUUGGAGAAACACUUUGCCACUGUGAUAGUGAGUUUGAUAGUGCACUGGGCCUUAAACAUGGAAUAAUCCUCAACACUCCAACCUUGUGAGAGUGGCAAACUUGACACGUUUUAAUUUUCAGUCAAAAACAACUUGAUAUCAAAGGAGUGCCUUUGAUUUGACAGCAUGUACAUGCAUAGUUUGGCACUAGAUGACCAUUAGACCCGUUAAUGUGUUUCUGUGCAUGAGCUUAGCUAGCCAGUGUCGCCAUGACAUCACUUACAAGAAUGAUCAGGGAUUUUUAUUGGAGAAGCAGUUUCUGCCUAUCUUCCUACUGUACUGUCUUUGCUAGAACUACUCAGGUUGUUGCUCAAGUGAUGGUGCUGCUGAUGGUGGUGGUAAUGAUGAUGAUGAUAUCUCCCCCCCAGGUUGCAUGACAGUAGCCCAGUUAGUUAUAGUUAUAGUGGUGAUGGUAAUGAUGAUGAUAUCUCCCCCCCAGGUUGCGUGACAGUAGCCCAGUUAGUUAUAGUUAUAGUGGUGAUGGUAAUGAUGAUGAUAUCUCCCCCCCAGGUUGCAUGGCAGUAGCCCAGUCAGUCAUGGUUAUAGUAAUGAUGAUGAUAUCUCCCCCCCAGGUUGCGUGACAGUAGCCCAGUCAGUCAUAGUUAUAGUUAUAGUGGUGAUGGUAAUGAUGAUGAUAUCUCCCCCCCAGGUUGCAUGGCAGUAGCCCAGUCAGUCAUGGUUAUAGUAAUGAUGAUGAUAUCUCCCCCCAGGUUGCGUGACAGUAGCCCAGUUAGUUAUAGUUAUAGUGGUGAUGGUCAUGAUGAUGAUAUCCCCCCCCCCCCCCCCCCCCCCCAGGUUGCGUGACAGUAGCCCAGUCAGUCAUAGUUAUAGUGGUGAUGAUGAUGAUGAUGAUGAUGAUGAUGAUAUCUCCCCCCCAGGUUGCGUGACAGUAGCCCAGUCAGUCAUAGUUAUAGUGGUGAUGGUAAUGAUGAUGAUAUCUCCCCCCCAGGUUGCGUGACAGUAGCCCAGUCAGUCAUAGUUAUAGUGGUGAUGGUAAUGAUGAUGAUAUCUCCCCCCCAGGUUGCGUGACAGUAGCCCAGUCAGUCAUAGUUAUAGUGGUGAUGGUAAUGAUGAUGAUAUCUCCCCCCCCAGGUUGCGUGACAGUAGCCCAGUCAGUCAUAGUUAUAGUGGUGAUGGUAAUGAUGAUGAUAUCUCCCCCUCAGGUUGCGUGACAGUAGCCCAGUCAGUCAUAGUUAUAGUGGUGAUGGUAAUGAUGAUGAUAUCUCCCCCCAGGUUGCGUGACAGUAGCCCAGUCAGUCAUAGUUAUAGUGGUGAUGGUAAUGAUGAUGAUAUCUCCCCCCCAGGUUGCGUGACAGUAGCCCAGUCAGUCAUAGUUAUAGUGGUGAUGGUAAUGAUGAUGAUAUCUCCCCCCCAGGUUGCGUGACAGUAGCCCAGUCAGUCAUAGUCAUAGUUAUAGUGGUGAUGGUAAUGAUGAUGAUAUCUCCCCCCCAGGUUGCGUGACAGUAGCCCAGUCAGUCAUAGUUAUAGUGGUGAUGGUAAUGAUGAUGAUAUCUCCCCCCCAGGUUGCGUGACAGUAGCCCAGUCAGUCAUAGUUAUAGUGGUGAUGGUAAUGAUGAUGAUAUCUCCCCCCCAGGUUGCGUGACAGUAGCCCAGGCUCUGGUCACUCUGGAGGUGACAGAGGGAAACUCCACCUGUAUAAAAGCUGAACUCUCCGCCUCCUUCUCCAUCACCUAUGACACAGCCAACGGCACGGUAAACUACAUCCCCCACAAUCCUCUCCGGCUUAGAGAAACACAGAUUGUACUUUUGAAAAUGUCCUGAACAUAAGUCUCUCUUCCCACGACAACUGUGUGCAUGAGUUUGGGCCAACGAUCCCAUCCUGAACAUGUUUUAAAUGUACAAACAUUCUUCUUCUUCUCUCCAGCGUACGGUGAUGGUGCCCCUCCCAGGGUCGGCGGUGGUGGGUGGGGCCAGCUCGUGUGGGGGUGACGGCCGCUCCCCCUGGCUCGUGGCGCUGUUUGGGGAUGGCCACACCCUGGGCCUCAGCUUCUCAUCCAAUAACAGCCUGUACAGCGUAUCUAACCUCACCCUGCAGUACAACCUCAGUGAUGUCACUACCUUCCCAGAGGCCAACAGUACCGGUGAGAAAGAGAUUGACACACACACACGCUUCGCACGUACACACACGGAAUUGAUUAUUAUUUGAUUUCUGACCAAUGUGUCUUGUCUGUUGUUCUACAGAUGUGGUAACUGUGGAGACGACCUCUGUGGGGAUGGUUGCUAGGGUCAACACCACCUACAGAUGUAUCAGCGUCUCACCUGUCAUUGUGGGAGGAGCCACCGUCACCUUCUCAAACGUCAAGAUGGAGGCCUACAUGACAGGAGAUGAUCUGAGCCCCAACGGUACAGCCACCAACACCUGGGCUGAUACCCAAAUGCCACCAUAUUCCCUAGAUGGUGCACUACUUUUGACCGGGGCUCAUUUGGGACGCACACUUAUUGUCCAUCACUGACCAUCAACAACUGUACACUGACCAUCAACCAUUAACAACUGUACACUGAGCAUCAACCAUCAACACUUUGGUUAUUCCUUUACAUGUUUGGCUUUGACCCCUUAACUUAUUGUUUAAAUGAACAGUAUGAUGAUAUUGACCCGUGUUGGUUUAUAACUGUUCUGAACAGUAUGAGGGUAUUGACCCGUGUUGGUUUAUACAGUGGGGGAAAAAAGUAUUUAGUCAGCCACCAAUUGUGCAAGUUCUCCCACUUAAAAAGAUGAGAGGCCUGUAAUUUUCAUCAUAGGUACACGUCAACUAUGACAGACAAAUUGAGAUUUUUUUUCUCCAGAAAUUUUCACAUUGUAGGAUUUUUAAUGAAUUUAUUUGCAAAUUAUGGUGGAAAAUAAGUAUUUGGUCACCUACAAACAAGCAAGAUUUCUGGCUCUCACAGACCUGUAACUUCUUCUUUAAGAGGCUCCUCUGUCCUCCACUCGUUACCUGUAUUAAUGGCACCUGUUUGAACUUGUUAUCAGUAUAAAAGACACCUGUCCACAACCUCAAACAGUCACACUCCAAACUCCACUAUGGACAAGACCAAAGAGCAGUCAAAGGACACCAGAAACAAAAUUGUAGACCUGCACCAGGCUUGGAAGACUGAAUCUGCAAUAGGUAAGCAGCUUGGUUUGAAGAAAUCAACUGUGGGAGCAAUUAUUAGGAAAUGGAAGACAUACAAGACCACUGAUAAUCUCCCUCGAUCUGGGGCUCCACGCAAGAUCUCACCCCGUGGGGUCAAAAUGAUCACAAGAACAGUGAGCAAAAAUCCCAGAACCACACAGGGGGACCUAGUGAAUGACCUGCAGAGAGCUGGGACCAAAGUAACAAAGCCUACCAUCAGUAACACACUACGCUGCCAGGGACUCAAAUCCUGCAGUGCCAGACGUGUCCCCCUGCUUAAGCCAGUACAUGUCCAGGCCCGUCUGAAGUUUGCUAGAGUGCAUUUGGAUGAUCCAGAAGAGGAUUGGGAGAAUGUCAUAUGGUCAGAUGAAACCAAAAUAGAACUUUUUGGUAAAAACUAAACUCGUCGUGUUUGGAGGACAAAGAAUGCUGAGUUGCAUCCAAAGAACACCAUACCUACUGUGAAGCAUGGGGGUGGAAACAUCAUGCUUUGGGGCUGUUUUUCUGCAAAGGGACCAGGACGACUGAUCCGUGUAAAGGAAAGAAUGAAUGGGGCCAUGUAUCGUGAGAUUUUGAGUGAAAACCUCCUUCCAUCAGCAAGGGCAUUGAAGAUGAAACGUGGCUGGGUCUUUCAGCAUGACAAUGAUCCCAAACACACCGCCCGGGCAACGAAGGAGUGGCUUCGUAAGAAGCAUUUCAAGGUCCUGGAGUGGCCUAGCCAGUCACCAGAUCUCAACCCCAUAGAAAAUCUUUGGAGGGAGUUGAAAGUCCGUGUUGCCCAGCGACAGCCCCAAAACAUCACUGCUCUAGAGGAGAUCUGCAUGGAGGAACGGGCCAAAAUACCAGCAACAGUGUGUGAAAAUCUUGUGAAGACUUACAGAAAACGUUUGACCUGUGUCAUUGCCAACAAAGGGUAUAUAACAAAGUAUUGAGAAACUUUUGUUAUUGACCAAAUACUUAUUUUCCACCAUAAUUUGCAAAUAAAUUCAUAAAAAAUCCUACAAUGUGAUUUUCUGGAUUUUUUUUCCUCAUUUUGUCUGUCAUAGUUGACGUGUACCUAUGAUGAAAAUGACCGGCCUCUCUCAUCUUUUUAAGUGGGAGAACUUGCACAAUUGGUGGCUGACUAAAUACUUUUUUCCCCACUGUAACUGUUCUGAACAGUAUGAGGAUAUUGACCUGUGUUGUGUUGAUAAAUGUUCUGAACAGUAUGAGGAUAUUGACCCGUGUUGUGGUGUUGAUAAAUGUUCUGAACAGUAUGAGGAUAUUGACCCGUGUUGUGGUGUUGAUAAAUGUUCUGAACAGUAUGAGGAUAUUGACCCGUGUUGUGGUGUUGAUAAAUGUUCUGAACAGUAUGAGGAUAUUGACCCGUGUUGUGGUGUUGAUAAAUGUUCUGAACAGUAUGAGGAUAUUGACCCGUGUUGUGGUGUUGAUAAAUGUUCUGUUCUGUCAUUCCCAGAGAGUGUGUGUACUGCUGACCAGAACUCCACCACAGCCCCCCCUCCACCCCCUUCCACCACCACAGCAGCCCCCGUCCCUGUCCCCACCCCCCCUGGAACCCCCAACCAGGGCAGCUACUCCGUCUCCAAUAGCAACGGGACUGUCUGUCUGUUGGCCCGCAUGGCACUGCAGCUGAACAUCUCCCACUUCUCUGCCUUACAGAAUAAGGUAACACACACUCAUGUACACACACACACACUGUCCCAGUAACACACAAUAACCUGUCCCUCUCCUCCUCAUUGACAGACUAUCCAGGAAGUAGUAAACCUGCUGCCCAAUCAGACGACCAGCUCAGGAUCAUGUGACCCCUCCAGCGCCACCCUGGUGCUGACGCAGGGCGGAACCACCAACCUCAGCUUCCUGUUUACUCUGGUGACAUCAUCACUCUACCGUUGACCUGUCUGUCUGUUUGUCUGUCUGGUUAUCAGUCUGUUUACCUGUCUGUCUCUCGGUCUGUUUGCUUACCUGUCUGUCUGUUAAUUCUCUACUCUCCUCCGUGACUGAUGUUCUUCUCUUUACAGAACACCACGUCUAACAGGUACCACCUCAGUGGUCUGUCUGUGGUCGCAGCUUGGUCUGACAUGACAGGUUAGUAUCACCUCAGUGGUCUGUCUGUGGUAACAGCUUGGUCUGACAUGACAGGUUAGUAUCACCUCAGUGGUCUGUCUGUGGUAACAGCUUGGUCUGACAUGACAGGUUAGUAUCACCUCAGUGGUCUGUCUGUGGUAACAGCUUGGUCUGACAUGACAGGUUAGUAUCACCUCAGUGGUCUGUCUGUGGUAACAGCUUGGUCUGACAUGACAGGUUAGUAUCACCUCAGUGGUCUGUCUGUGGUAACAGCUUGGUCUGACAUGACAGGUUAGUAUCACCUCAGUGGUCUGUCUGUGGUAACAGCUUGGUCUGACAUGACAGGUUAGUAUCACCUCAGUGGUCUGUCUGUGGUAACAGCUUGGUCUGACAUGACAGGUUAGUAUCACCUCAGUGGUCUGUCUGUGGUAACAGCUUGGUCUGACAUGACAGGUUAGUAUCACCUCAGUGGUCUGUCUGUGGUAACAGCUUGGUCUGACAUAACAGGUUAGGGAUUCCUUAUCAAUAGUGUCCAUAUAGACAAAACAUGCAAACAUUUCUAAAAACCUGCUUUCACUUUGUCAUUAUGGGGUAUUGUUGAUGAGGGGAAAAAAACAAUGUGAUCUAUUUUAGAAUAAGGCUGUAACGUAACAAAAUGUGGAAAACGUCAAGGGGUCUGAAUACUUUCUGAAUGCAUUGUAUAUGAUACCACUCACCUUUACUACCUCUCUCUCUCGCCAUUUACUACCUCUCUCUCUCUCUCACUCUCACUGCCUCUCUCUCUCAAUUCAAUUCCAAUGUAAGGGCUGUAUUGGCAUGGGAAACAUGUUUACAUUGCCAAAGCAAGUGAAAUAGAUACUUUUUUAUUGUUUAUAUCACUUUUAUUAACAGUAAACAUUACACUCACACAAGUUCCAAAAGAAUAAAGACAUUUCAAAUAUCAUAUUAUGUCUAUAUACAGUGUUGUAAUGAUGUGUACAAAGUACAAAUGGGAAAAUAAAUAAACAUAAAUAUGGGUUGUAUUUACAAUGGUGUUUGUUCUUCACUGGUUGCCCUUGUGGCAACAGGUCACAAAUCUUGCUGCUGUGAUGGCACACUGUGGUAUUUCACCCAGUAGAUAAGGGAGUUUAUCAAAAUGUGAUUUGUUUUCUAAUUCUUUGUGGGUCUGUGUAAUCUGAAUGAAAUAUGUCUAAUAUGGUCAUACAUUUGGCAGGAAGUUAAGAAGUGCAGCUCAGUUUCCACCUCAUUUUGUGGGCAGUGUGCACAUAGCCUGUCUAGGUCUGCCUACGGCGGCCUUUCUCAAUAGCAAGGCUAUGCUCACUGGGUCUGUACAUAGUCAAAGCUUUCCUUAAUUUUGGGUCAGGUAUUCUGCCACUGUGUACUCUCUGUUUAGGGCCAAAUAGCAUUCUAGUUUGUGCAGUUUUUUUGUAAAUUAUAUUUUUGUUUUCUCAUGAUUUGGUUCUCUCUCUGUUCCUUUACCACCCCUCUCUCUCUGUUCCUUUACCACCUCUCUCUGCUGAAUAAUUACUGUUCCAUGGUAAGAAUGCAUGUCUGGAUUUGAAUGUUUAACGACUCUCCCUCCCUCCAGCCCCGUUCAACACCAGUAACAGUAGUCUGGACUACUUGCGUGGCUCCCUGGGGCGUAGCUACAUGUGUAGUUCAGAACAGACUCUGGCUGUAGACCAGAACUUCUCCCUCAACACCUUCCAGCUGCAGGUCCAGCCCUUCGGCCUCACCAGAGGACAGUUUGCACAAGGUACUGGAUACGUUAUAAUCUAGCAUUCUCAUUCUCUACCCUUUCAUCUGAUCUAUCCAUCUCUCCUCUCUCUCUCUACCCUUUCAUCUGAUCUAUCCAUCUCUCCUCUCUCUCUCUACCCUUUGUGUUUUAUGGUUGUCCUUGAUUAGAAGUUCUGCAUUUGUAUUAAUUACCUUCUCUCUUCCCCCCCCGUCCCUCUCUCCACAUCCCUCCUCUCCCUCUCUCCACAUCCCUCCUCUCCCUCCCUCCCUCUAGCGGAGGAGUGUCAGUUGGAUCAGGACAACAUGUUGAUCCCCAUCGUCGUGGGAGCAGCUCUGGCCGGCCUGGUUCUAAUCGUUCUCAUUGCUUACCUCAUCGGCAGGAAGAGGAGGCCCGCUGGAUACCAGACCAUCUGAGAACACUGACACACAGGCUGCUUGUGUCUCAAAUAGCCCCCUAUUCCCUAGAUAGUGCACUACUUUUGACCAGAGGCCAAUGGAGCCUUUUCAGACAUACUGCAGAGAGCCGGACGCUCCAACCACCCACUGCUACUAAUGGCUGACUGGACGAUGUACAAACCGAGCCCUCUCUGCAGCGUGUGUGUGUGUGUGUGUGUGUGUGAGAGUGAGUGUGUAUCCUCUAUGUAUUGUUAUUCACAGCAGCUCAUCCUUUGCUACCUACUAACCGACUACUGCCUGGUCAAACCUACUAUCCCCCUCGUCUCUCUCUCUAACCCAUCUCUACUGCAGCUGGCUCAGUAUACCCUCAUUUUAGUUCUAAUCUCAUUUCAUGUUUGA